CGGAUUUGAGAGAGGUAGAUGAGGUCAAGCUCAAGCCAGAAGCAAUUGUUGUUUUUUUUGGACCAAACAAACAAAGAGACCCUUUUUUUGUAUAAUUUUGUUCUUUCGUAAAUAGAAAAGACAAAGAAGUCCUUGGCCUGUUCAAGACUCGUCGUUACGCUGACCUCAAAGGUGUCAGGGGGCGCGCUCACAGCUGAGUCAAAAUUACCACAGACACAAACGUACGCACACGGACAGCCAGGAAGAAGAAGAUCCUUGCUUUGGAAACGUGCGUCAGUGCCUGGUUCAACAUCGCUGAGCGGAGCCUCAGCUGCGACUUCUUUUAAAGCGCUUCAGUCACAUGGAAUAAAAGUUGACCAUGGAGUACCUCGUCGUCUGCAUAGCGUCCAUUGUCAUGACAGCUGACAGAAUCGGCCUCUCACACUCUUUCAACGUGGGCACUGCGGGGGCUAAGAUUUUCAGCGGGCCGCAGGUCGAAGCGUUUGGCUACACGGUCCAACAGGCCGCCAACCAUGAGGGCAAAUGGCUUCUGGUUGGUGCUCCUUGGAGUGGUUAUCCUCAAAACAGGAAGGGGGAUUUGUACAAGUGUCCAGUGUCAGGGUCCAGAACAAGAUGCGACAAGCUCAACCUUGAAGAUUCCAUGAACAUUCCUGACGUGACCAACGUCAACGUCAACAUGUCUCUGGGCAUGACCCUGACUCGCAUGCCUGCAGUCAACGGUCUGAUGACGUGCGGUCCCCUUUGGGCACAGAAGUGCGGCGAUCAAAACUUCUACCCUGGAAUCUGCUCAAAACUGAGCCCGCUCUUUCAACCUCAACCUGCCUUCGCUCCUGCCAUCCAGACUUGCGGAGGCCCGAUGGACAUUGUCAUCGUACUGGACGGCUCCAACAGCAUCUACCCCUGGGCUCCAAUGAGGGAGUUUAUUGAGAAACUCUUACCGUCUCUCGAAAUCGGACCCCAAAACACCCAGGUCAGCGUCAUUCAGUAUGCCGUCGAUUCCAAGAUCGAAUUCACGCUGAACCAGUACCGAACCAAAGAGCAGUUGCUGAAUGCCGCAUCCAAACUCACACAAAUGCAAGGUUCCUCAACAAAUACAUUCCAUGCCAUCCAAUACGCCAGCCAAUGGGGUUUUAAUCCCAUCUACGGUGCUCGACCGAGCGCUUCCAAAGUGAUGGUGGUCGUCACUGACGGCGAGUCCCAUGACCAAGCCUUCAGAGAUACAGUCAUCAGUGAAUGUGAAAAGCAAGGAAUCACACGCUUCGGUAUUGCUGUGUUGGGCUACUACACCAGAAACAACAUCGACACCGAAAACCUCAUCAAAGAAAUCAAAUCCAUCGCCAGCACGCCCACGGAAAAUUACUUUUUUAAUGUGUCGGAAGAAGCGGCCCUGUCCAACAUCGUCGGAACGCUGGGCAGCCGCAUCUUCAACAUCGAAGGCACAGGAAAGGGAGGUGACAAUUUCAAGAUGGAGAUGUCCCAGGUGGGCUUCAGCGCUCACUACUCCAGCAAAAAGGACACGUUGAUGCUGGGAGCAGUGGGUGCCUAUGGUUGGGCUGGGACUGUCGUCCACCAAACGGGCUCAAAAGUGGAUGUUCUUCCCGUCUCGGUCUUUGAGGGAACACUUCAAGAUCGAAACCACAGCUCCUUACUGGGUUACUCUGUCUGCAUGCUGAGUGAUGGCACGACAGAAUAUUUUGUGGCCGGUGCGCCUCGCUCCAACCACUCCGGACAAGUAAUCGUCUACAGCUUCAACGCCCAGAAGCAAUUCACGAUCAUCGAUUCGGAAAGAGGAAAGCAAAUCGGAGCUUAUUUUGGUGGCGUCCUGUGUUCGCUGGAUGUGGACAAAGACGGGGUGACGGACCUGCUGCUGGUCGGCGCGCCCAUGUUUAUGAGCGAACAGAAGAGAGAGCAAGGCCGUGUUUACCUCUUCACCGUCACCAGGGGUAUCCUGAAUGAGCAAGGAUUCCUCAAAGGAUCCCCUCCGAUUGAGAACGCCCGUUUCGGGAUGGCCAUGUCGGCAAUACCCGACUUGGACCUUGACGGUUACAAUGACGUCGUCGUCGGAGCGCCUUUAGAGGACAAAGGAAGAGGCGUCAUUUAUAUCUACAAUGGGAGGAAGAAGACUCUAGACAAGCAGUUCUCGCAGAAAAUCCUUGGUUCAAAAAUGGAUCCUCAGUUCAAGUUUUUUGGGAGGUCCCUGGAUAGCUACAAGGACUUGAAUGAUGACACACUCACUGAUAUCUCAGUGGGUGCGUAUGGAAAAGUGGUCCAGCUCUGGUCCCGAGGUGUGGCCAAACUCUCAGCCACUGCUUCCUUUAAACCCGAUAAGAUCAACAUUUUAAGCAAAUCUUGCGACGUCGGUGGACGCAAGUUGUCGUGUUUCACCACCAACCUCUGUUUCAGCCCGACCUUCAGGCCCAAAAAUCCAGUUGGACCCAUUGAUGUCACCUACACAUUGACGCUAGAUGCUGAUUUGCAGGCUUCUCGUGUCACCUCGAGAGGACUUUUCAUGAAAAAUAAUGAGCGUUUGCUUUCGGAGAAUGCCAAGAUCUCAUCUCAAAUGCAGUGUCAAGACUACCAAGUCUACGUGCAGGAGACGCCCGAUUUUGUCAAUUCAGUCAGUUUGAAAGUGGAAAUCAAACAGCAGAACGCCGACGCUAACCCGGUUCUUGACGUCUUCUCUGUGACCGCCUGGGAGUUCUUCAUCCCCUUCACGAAAGACUGCGGCUCAGAUGAGGUGUGCGUCAGUGACCUGACGCUGAGUGUGACGACGGACACAAAGGGGUCAAGCUCAGCCCCUUUUCUGGUCAGCCCCAAUAAGCGUGAACUGUCAUUCGAGGUCACAGUGAAGAACAAAAAAGAAAAUGCUUACAACACGCAAGUGUUGGUCACAUAUUCGGGCAACCUCUUCUACUCCUCUGUAUUUCCUCCCACAGAAGGAGUCAAAUGCACCUCAUCACAAGAGCAAACUGUCAUUUGUCAAGUGGGAUACCCGGCUUUGAAAAAAGACCAAAUGAUUAAAUUUCAAAUCAAUUUCGAUUACAACCUCAACCAUCCGCUGAAUCGGGCAAAGGUCAAGUUUGAGGCUAAAAGUGACAGUAAAGAGCAGGUUCCCGCAGACAACCAAGUGGAUGUGUCCAUUCCUCUUCAAUACGAUGCAGGAAUUGUUUUAUCCAGGAAGUCAAACAUCAACUUCUAUGUAGCAAAUUCAACCACUGCACCGGAAACAACGGUGAAAACUUUGGAUGACAUCGGACCCGAGUUUAACUUCACCGUGAAGGUUUCAACUGGAAAAUUCCCAGUCAGCCUCCUCUAUCUGACCAUCUCCCUACCAAUCAGCACCAAGGGAGGAAACCCGCUCCUCUACCUCACCGGUGUGGACACGCAACUUGGCGGUUCAAUCAGCUGUGAUACCAAAGGCCUGGUGGACCCACUGAGAAUCGGCGUCAAGGACCACCAAGCCUCCUUCACUGAGGAGAGUCUCCGAGGCAUUGAAAAGCUGGAUUGCCAGAGUGCAAAGUGCGAGCAGAUCAAAUGCCUCCUCAAAGACGCUGCUGUCACCAGCGACUACUUUGUGAAAGUUAAAACAAGGAUUUGGAGCGGGACAUUUAUUACGGCGGCCUAUCAGACCACCGAGCUGACCUCCACUGUGGAAAUCGAGAGCUCCAACCCCGAUUUAUUUAUUCUCCGCCUCAAAGAGCUGCCGGUGGUGGUCACAGUGAGUAAACCAGGAGCGACGGGCGACGUUCCGGUGGGAGUGAUUGUUGGCAGCGUGAUCGGUGGACUGGUGCUACUGGGCCUGGCUGUUGCUCUACUGUGGAAGUUUGGAUUUUUCAAAAGGAAAUACCAGAAGCUGCAAAAAGAUGCCGAUGCGCAGAGCCACGCCUACGAGGAUGGCGUGUUGUGAGAUGCCACCACGUCAACCAAGUUGCACCUUCCUACUCCACUGGCUGGUCAUUCAGCAUGCUCACUGGUACUUCUCAAGUGCACUGACCAACCGAAGCUCUCUCCCUCUCCCUCUCCCUCUCCCUGUUCCUGUUUGGUCCUUUUGCACAGUUAGUUGGAUUUGUUCAGAGACUUCUUGACCCUUUGAACAAACGUAAUGUUUAUCUGCGGGUGAAAAAAAAACAUGCAAUGAGGUCAUUCCGUUGUACUCCACAGUUUUAACGCGGGUGAUGACAAAAUACUUGCUCAUCACUAUCAACAUGAAUACUGUAGUUGAGCUCUUUUUUUUUCUACUUAGGCUCAUUUGAGCACACACAAUAAGUGGUGCGUGCGCUGGGUGCUUAAACUACUGGCAUGGGUAAUAGAUCCUCAGGGCUUUUUCUUGCUUUCGGAGUACUUGAAUUGUGGUGGCGUAGCAUGGUGGAUUACUGUUUAGCACAUCCGCCUUCCAGUCCUGAGGGUUAGUUUUGAAUCUGCCCCGGUUUUCAGGUUCUCCCACACGCCAAAAGAAUGCAUGUUAGGUUUCUUGAAAAUAGGACAAUUUCCAGAGGUGUGAAUGUAAGUUUGAAUGGAGGAAAUUGCUUCCUUCCCUGGGACAAUUUGGAGUGUCCAAUUAACCUAGCAUACAUGUUUUGGGAAUGUGGGAGGAAACCGGAGUACCCAGAGAAAACCCACGCAGGCACGGGGAGAACAUGCUAACUCCACAUAGGAAAGGGGCUGGAAUCUAACCCUGCACCUUUUACACUGUGAGACAGACGUGCUAACCAGUCUACAACCGUGCCGCCCAGAAUCGGUCAUGAAAAAGCAAAAUAGAACAAACUGUAAAAUAUGCGUGUUUCUUUCAACAGUUGUAUGUAUUUUUAUCGUGUGUGUAUAUACUGUAAAAUGAAAUGAUGGUUAAGGUUUUUAUAUUUGAAUGGUUUCAAAGGUUGCGUCUGCGAGUCAUAUUUGUUGUAUUUAUGUGUUUAUUUGGAGGGCUUCAAAACCGGAUCUUGUUUAAUAGGCACUAACCAACGGUGCAAUACUUCCAACACUAUCAAAUGAGAAAAUGACCAAAUCAAAAUGAUUUGAAGCGAGCGGUUGUAGCAAACUUAAACUGGUUCGUCACGAGGCGGCAGCAUAUUUGCACUGGCACACUUUUACCACAAGAGGGCAGCAAGAUCUAAAUUACUCAUUGAGUUUCUUCAGCAUUUCUCCGUGGAUCAGAACAUGACUUUUUUUGCGAUUAUAUUGAAUUACCUUAUUAAAUAUAAAUGAAAGUCGCAAAGAACCUUCAUUGGUUCUUAAUAAAGUCUACAGUGCGGGUUGCUUUUGCCAAACUGAUUCUAUUUUGACUUUCGACGUUUUGGGAUACAGAAGAUUGGGCUUCAAAUGUGUGUUUUUAUUUUUUAAUCUAUGGUUCGAUGGACAAUUUUGUUGUAUUGUGGAUAUUUUAAGGAAUCCGUUUGUACACUCCAGUUCUGUAAAUGUGGACGUAGAUGAAUACAAAAUCAAAAGAGAGAGGAAGACUCAUCACAGGUACAGCCACGAUACUACAAUUCCAAAUGUAAAUCUUAAAUAAUUCACGUCAUUAGUUGACCUUUGAUUGCACUUUGUCUUGAUUUUUUUGAGUGUCGGGUGUUUUUACUUUGUGGCGUGAGAUGCUUUUGAAUGUUUUCCAGACGGUUUAAUUUUGAUUUAAUUUCAAGAACGCCAUGAAUCUUAUUAAUGGUCGACGGCAAGUCACACAGUAUUUCUUUUUUUGUUGUUCGACAAGCAAGCGCCAGAUAAGUGAAUUGCCAUCAACGAAGUCCUGCUCAUAAUUGUCCGUAUUUGAUUGGCACAGUCGAGGGGGGGGGGGGUGCAUUUACAAGUUAGCUCGUGCGGUUGUAAACGACACUCUUAUUAUCCUGAGAGCUGUUCAUCUUUACAAUCUGGGUAUAAUAGUGCUGCAAAGUACACCCGAGGUUAAAUAAGCAUGUGCUUAAAUGAAUGCCUGUCGUGGCAAUCAAAAACGAGCAUUAAUUAUCUUGUAGUUUCCUUCCAAACAACCCUUGUUGCAGCUUUUCUCAUCUGGAGGCCAAAUGUUGCUCACAUGGAUGAUGAGCAUCACACAAACACACACACACACACACACACACACACACACACACACCAACACACACGCCUCCUGGUUGGAUCACCGGAACACUAUGCCAUGUACACUUGGGAAAAGUCAAACAUGGCACCUAUAUUGAUACGGUUGCCCUGCAUUUAGCAUUCAGAGGGACAACUGUGCAGAUUUACAAAUGAGAUGAAUAUUUGUGUUGAUCUGAGGUUUAUUUGACUGUAUGUUGAUGAAGAAUAAUGCAUCAUAGGGCGGUCACACGGAUUCUAAUCACUGUUUUUUUAUAGUUUAUUUAAUUGUGGAAUAAUCCUGGAUUUGGGUUGGGAAUGGAUUCCAGUUUUGGUCUUGAUUCUAUGGCCGUGAGGUACAUUUAAUAUAUAUUUGCAUCCCAAUAAAUCCUUUAAGUAUGA